AUGGGAAACCCGAGGAGCUUAACUUUUCCAUGUCAAUUCGGGAAUUUGGCUACAAGUUACGCAUUGGCUGAUUCGGGGGCUAGUGUGAAUCUUAUGCCUUAUUCAUUCUUCAAGAAGUUAAACCUUCCGGAACCGAGACCUAUUUUUAUGGCGAUCCAUUUAGCUAACAAGAUGGUGAUGUUUCCAAGAGGGAUAUGCGAGGACCUUCUAAUUAAAGUUGACAAGUUCGUAUUUCCUACAUAUUUUAUAGUACUAGAUAUGGAAGAAGACCAUCAAGUGCCUAUCAUUAUUGGGAUACCUUUCCUAAGCACCGCUUGUGCCAUAGUGGUCGUGCAAGAGUCCAAACUUACUCUCCAGGUAGGAGAUGAUUCAGUCACCUUUGGAGUCGAUAGAGCCAUGAAGCCUUCAAGGUUAAGGGAUGACACAAUCUUCACGGUGGACACGUUUGAAGAACUAAUGGAAAAAGAAUUGGUGGAAUGGAAAGAGGACAAGGAAGUGGAUUCAUGUUCCUUUCAGAAGGUGAAUUUGAUGUUGGAAAAGAUCUAA